UUGGAGCUGGCGUUUAAUACAACCCCUGGCUUUGUAAACCUAACAGUAGAAGGAUUCUGGAAAGGAAGCGUAGGUGUGAAUUUCACAUCAAAUUACAAGGACGCAAACAUACGUGAUGUAUUUACUAGUCUAGUCGGCAAGUUGCCUUCGUGGUACGAUGAUACAGAGCUCAAUAAAAGCAUUAACAAUGUGGUACGAAAGAUGUGUGAAGAAGAAGACAGCUGUCCUAAAAGCUACCAUUGUAGUGUUGAAAAAAGUCAACAACAAUUCGAGCCAAUCUGUGAAUAUGUUUGUCUUCAAAGUGAGUGUCAGAACAAUGGAUACUGUGUCGUGAACAUAGACAACCAGCCAAAGUGCAGAUGCUUUGAGACGGAUGACUACAUUUACACUGGGGAAAACUGUGAGAUAAAGACAGAAAAGCUGACCAUGAGCAAGGAUAAAAUCAUCGGCAUUGCCGUUGGAGUAGGAGGAGGUGUUAUUCUUCUUCUUCUCAUUAUCGUUGUCAUCAUUUGUAUAAGACAGAGACAACAGAGACGAUCCAAAGGAAAAAGAAUUGUGGACAAUGCUUCAGAGCAGUCAUUCCAGUCUUUCAAAGGUUCAGAAGACGGCAUACACCAACCCACCUCCAGCCCACGGCCCGGAGUGGCACCAGAAAAUAGCCAUUCUUUGUACAG